AUGAAGACCUCUGUGCUCCUGGCGGCAACAGUUUCAAUGUGUUCUGAUGAUUGGUUGUUAGUCAGAAUGAAAAUAAGGCCCUUUGAUAACAACAUGGAAAUUAGAAUUGGCGACAUACACCUGGGAGAUAACUGUCCUGUAACAAGACUGUUCUCAUGUAACUAUGAGUUUUCGUAUCCUGUCACUUCUUCUGGAAUCAAGAAAAUUAUGUUCCAAAGAAAUGAUGUUGCCCUAUUAUCAGAGAUCAGUUACAGACCAAUGUUGCAUACUAUCUAUGAAUUUCCAGUGGUUUGCUUUGUGAAGAGGCUUAAAUUCCCAUCUGUGAUGCAUUUUGGAAUGAGCGGGUUUGAGGCCAACGCCUUGAAAGAUACUACUCAAAAAAUGGAAGGACAAGAAUCAUCGGCUCCCACACAAAGUAAAACAUGUGAACAUAAUUUUAGCAGUGUUAAUAAGGAGCAAUUAUCCACAAGUCACUGCAACAAAAACGCCUGUGUCAUAACAUCCUCUCCUCCCUGA